UGAUUCACAUAUGUUGUCACAUUCCAUUGACUCGUCCCUCUCCUCUUCUCUUGUACUCACGCCUAGUAGUGCUGUAGCCAAGAGAUUGCAGCCUCUCCGGCGAGUUUUAAUCAUGUGUGAAGCUCAGUUGGAUUCAGAGCCUCUCCGCUGCCUUUUCACUCUUGCACAAGAUUGAGCUGGUGUCACAUCGCUCCCCUUCACCCUCCCGUAGAGGGGACUAAAAAAGGAAAAAGAACCUUUAAAAAAAAAAAAAAAAAAAUAGAAAGGAAAGAAAAGGCACUUUCGUUUCUUGCAAGCAUAAGGACUUACAGUAGCUGUGCUGAGCCUAACGGAUAGUGGAUAGAGGGAUAGCCCGAGAUGCUUCAGUCUGCUAACAAGGGUAGGAAGCCUACAGCUGAGACAGGGAAAGAAAGUCCAAAUUCAAAAUGCUGUUAUUCUGAAAGUGGUGGGGUCACAAAAUUAGGAAGCCAAACAAAUAGCAGAUAUCCGAAAACACCGUGCCAUCUGGAUCUUUAUUCUGAAGGUCGUCCCAUUCCAUCUACAUCAUCGUCCAGCCUUCUGCCAUCUGCACAACUGCCCAGUUCCCAUAAUCCCCCACCUGUUAGUUGCCAGAUGCCUUUGCUAGACAGCAAUACAUCUCAUCAGAUUAUGGACACCAACCCUGAUGAGGAGUUCUCCCCUAAUUCCUACCUGCUCAGAGCAUGUUCAGGCGUACAGCAAGCAUCCAGCAGUGGCCCAACAAACCAUCACAGCCAAUCAACAUUGAGGCCUCCUCUUCCACCACCACAUAAUCACACACUGUCUCACACACUGUCGCACCACCAUUCGUCGGCUAACUCCCUAAAUAAGAACUCUCUGACUAACAGAAGAAAUCAGAUUCAUGCACCAGCUCCAGCUCCAAAUGAUCUGGCCACAACUCCAGAAUCUGUUCAGCUUCAGGACAGCUGGGUACUUAACAGCAAUGUGCCACUGGAAACCAGGCACUUCUUGUUUAAAACAUCAUCUGGGACAACGCCUUUGUUCAGCAGCUCUUCUCCUGGAUAUCCUCUAACUUCAGGAACAGUUUACACUCCUCCUCCUAGACUUCUACCCAGAAACACUUUCUCUCGAAAUGCCUUCAAGCUAAAGAAGCCGUCCAAAUAUUGUAGCUGGAAAUGCGCUGCCUUAUCUGCAAUCGCUGCUGCAAUCCUCCUUGCAAUCUUGCUGGCCUACUUCAUUGCAAUGCACCUACUUGGGCUUAACUGGCAGCUUCAGCCAGCAGACGGACAUACCUUUAACAAUGGCAUAAGGACAGGAACCGAGGAUGUUGCAACAAUGCCAUCUGGAGGCAAAGGACCUUGGAUUACUACAAAAAACAGCAGUAUAGACACUGGAGAAAUUGAGAUUGGACGCAGGAUUACGCAAGAAGUACUAGCAGGAGUCUUCUGGAGAUCUCAUAUCCACAUCACUCAGCCCCAGUUCCUCAAAUUUAAUAUCUCAUUAGGGAAAGAUGCUCUUUUUGGAGUUUACAUGAGAAGAGGACUUGCACCAUCACAUGCUCAGUACGAUUUUAUGGAGCGCCUGGACGGCAAGGAGAAAUGGAGUGUUGUGGAGUCUCCAAGAGAACGUCGAAGUAUCCAGACCUUGGUGCAAAAUGAAGCGGUGUUUGUCCAGUAUUUGGAUGUUGGGUUCUGGCACUUGGCAUUUUACAAUGAUGGCAAAGACAAGGAGAUUGUAUCAUUCAGUACAGUUGUUUUAGAUUCUGUUCAGGAUUGUCCUCGAAAUUGUCAUGGUAACGGUGAAUGUGUGUCAGGGGUCUGCCACUGUUUCCCAGGAUUCCAUGGAGCAGACUGUGCAAAAGCUGCUUGUCCAGUUUUGUGCAGUGGCAAUGGACAAUAUUCCAAAGGUACCUGCAUAUGCUACAGUGGAUGGAAGGGAGCUGAAUGUGACAUACCCAUCAGUCAAUGCAUUGACCCCUCAUGUGGUGGUCAUGGUUCUUGCAUAGAAGGGAAUUGCAUCUGCGCUGUGGGAUUCAAAGGAGACAACUGCGAUGAAGUUGAUUGUAUGGACCCAACUUGCUCCAACCAUGGCGUUUGUGUGAAUGGAGAAUGCCUCUGCAGUCCAGGUUGGGGUGGCCAGAAUUGUGAACUUCCAAGAACACAAUGUCCAGAUCAGUGCAGUGGACAUGGGACGUACCUCACUGACACAGGUCUGUGUAGCUGUGAUCCUAACUGGAUGGGUCCUGAUUGCUCUGUUGAGGUAUGCUCUGUGGACUGUGGCACUCACGGUGUUUGCAUUGGUGGAGCGUGCCGCUGUGAGGAAGGGUGGACUGGGGUGGCAUGUGACCAACGCGUUUGCCACCCUCGCUGCACGGAACACGGAACAUGCAAAGAUGGAAAAUGUGAUUGCAAAGAGGGCUGGAAUGGGGAGCACUGCACCAUUGAUGGCUGCCCUGAUCUGUGCAAUGGCAAUGGGAGAUGCACACUCGGUCAGAACAGCUGGCAGUGUAUCUGCCAGACUGGCUGGAGAGGGUCUGGAUGCAAUGUUGCCAUGGAAACUUCUUGUGCUGAUAACAAGGAUAAUGAGGGAGAUGGGCUUGUGGAUUGCUUGGAUCCAGACUGCUGUCUCCAGUCAACAUGUCAAUCAAGUCUGCUUUGCCGCGGAUCACGUGACCCACUCGAUAUCAUACAGCAAAGCCAGACAGACUCGCCAACAGUCAAAUCUUUCUAUGACAGAAUUAAACUUUUAGUGGGCAAGGACAGCACACACAUAAUUCCUGGUGAAAAUCCCUUUAACAGCAGUCUUGUGUCCCUAAUAAGAGGCCAAGUGGUAACCAUAGAUGGAACUCCUCUAGUGGGUGUCAACGUAUCGUUUGUAAAAUAUCCCAAGUAUGGAUAUACCAUAACACGCCAGGAUGGAACGUUUGAUUUAAUUGCCAAUGGUGGAGCUUCCCUAACACUACACUUUGAGCGAGCACCAUUUAUGAGCCAAGAAAGGACAGUGUGGCUACCAUGGAACAGUUUUUAUGCACUGGACACGUUAGCAAUGAAGACAGAAGAGAAUAGCAUUCCAAGUUGUGACUUGAGUGGUUUUGUGAGGCCCGAUCCUGUCAUUAUCUCUUCUCCACUAUCAACAUUUUUCAGUUCUUCUCCAAGUCGCAACCCAAUUGUACCAGAAACACAGGUCCUCCAUGAAGAAAUAGAGCUGCCAGGCUACAGUAUGAAACUCUGCUACUUAAGUUCUCGCACAUCUGGAUACAAAUCUUUGUUGAAGAUUACUAUGACACAAUCGAUGGUGCCGCUAAAUCUUCUCAAAGUUCACCUCAUGGUAGCAGUGGAAGGACAUUUGUUCCAAAAGACUUUUCAGGCUUCACCUAAUUUAGCCUACACCUUUGUCUGGGAUAAAAAUGAUGCAUAUGGCCAGAGGGUAUACGGACUUUCGGAUGCUGUAGUUUCUGUUGGAUUUGAAUAUGAAACUUGUCUGGGUCUAAUUCUGUGGGAAAAGAGAACGGCGAUAUUGCAAGGUUUUGAACUGGAUCCUUCAAAUCUUGGUGGUUGGUCUUUGGAUAAACACCAUGUUCUAAACAUCAGGAGUGGAAUACUGCACAAAGGAAGUGGAGAAAAUCAGUUCCUUUCACAGCAGCCAGCUGUGAUCACCAGCAUAAUGGGGAAUGGACGUAGAAGGAGCAUCUCCUGUCCAAGCUGCAAUGGUCUCGCUGAAGGAAACAAGCUAUUGGCUCCUGUCGCUCUGGCAGUUAGUAUCGACGGAAGCCUCUUUGUGGGAGAUGUUAAUUUCAUAAGACGCAUCUUUCCCUCCAGAAAUGUCACCAGUAUUUUGGAGCUUCGAAACAAAGAAUUUAAACAUAGCAACAACAUAGCGCAUAAGUAUUAUCUGGCUGUAGACCCUGUGUCAGGUUCUUUAUAUCUGUCAGAUACCAACAGUCGGAGAAUAUACAAGAUCAAAUCUCUCACAGGAGCCAAAGAGCUUGCAACAAACUUAGAAGUCAUAGCCGGCAAUGGAGAGCAAUGCAUGCCCUUUGAUGAAGCCAGAUGUGGUAAUGGAGGGAAGGCUGUGGAUGCAAUCCUCACUAAUCCUCGAGGUAUUGCAGUUGAUAAGUAUGGGCUAAUUUACUUUGUUGAUGCAACUAUGAUCCGUAAGGUCGACCAGAAUGGAAUCAUUUCUACUCUGCUAGGUUCCAAUGACCUUGCAGCAGGUAGACCAUUAAGUUGCGACUCAAGUAUGGAUAUUACUCAGGUGCGCAUGGAAUGGCCAACAGACCUAGCUGUGAAUCCAAUGGAUAACUCUCUCUAUGUGCUGGAAAACAAUGUCAUAUUACGUAUUACAGAAAAUCACCAAGUCAGCAUCAUAGCCGGACGUCCAAUGCAUUGCCAGGUACCCGGUAUAGACUAUUCUCUUAGCAAACUGGCUAUUCAUUCUGCACUUGAGUCUGCAAGUGCUAUAGCUGUAUCACACACUGGGAUACUUUACAUUGCAGAGACGAAUGAAAAGAAAAUUAAUCGCAUACGCCAAGUAACAACCAAUGGUGAAAUAUCCCUUUUAGCCGGAGCUCCUUCUGACUGCAACUGCAAAGAUGAUGUCAACUGUAAUUGUUAUGCUGGAGAUGAUGGCUAUGCCACGGAUGCCUUUCUGAACUCACCAUCAUCAUUAGCAGUGGCACCCGAUGGCACUGUGUACAUUGCUGAUCUUGGGAAUAUACGUAUUAGAGCUGUUCUACAAAACAAACCUGUGCUUACUUCAUUUAACCAGUAUGAAGUGGCAUCCCCUGGAGAGCAGGAGUUGUAUAUCUUUAAUGCCAAUGGAAUUCAUCAGUAUACACAAAGCCUUGUUACAGGAGAAUACUUAUACAAUUUCACCUACAGUGCUGAGAAUGAUGUCACAGAAGUGAUUGACAACAGUGGAAACUCCUUAAAAGUUCGGAGAGACACUAAUGGCACUCCACGUCACAUUUUAAUGCCAGACAAUCAGAUUAUAACUUUGACUCUUACUGCCAAUGGUGGGCUAAAGUCAGUUUCAACACAAAGUCUAGAGCUGGCCUUGAUGACAUAUGAUGGAACCAAUGGCCUUUUGACCACAAAAAGUGAUGAGACUGGAUGGACAACAUUUUAUGACUACGACAAUGAAGGUCGCUUAACCAAUGUAACACGUCCAACUGGAGUUGUUACAAGUCUUCACCGGGAAAUGGAAAAAUCCAUUACAAUUGACAUAGAGAAUUCGAACCGUGAUGAUGAUGUCACUGUCAUAACCAACCUGUCUUCAGUUGAGGCAUCGUAUACUGUUGUUCAAGAUCAAGUGAGAAACAGCUACCAGCUAUGCAGUAACGGAACGCUGAGAGUGAUGUAUGCUAAUGGAAUGGGGAUUAGUUUCCACAGUGAACCCCAUAUCUUGGCUGGCACAGUAACCCCCACCAUUGGAAGGCGUAAUAUUUCACUGCCCAUGGAAAAUGGACUGAACUCAAUUGAAUGGCGACUUCGAAAAGAACAGACCAAGGGCAAAGUGACUGUGUUUGGAAGGAAGCUUCGGGUUCACGGGAGAAACUUGUUGUCCAUUGAUUUCGAUCGCAACUCUCACACGGAAAAAAUAUACGAUGACCACCGGAAAUUCACUUUAAGGAUUGUCUACGAUCAGCUAGGAAGGCCACUUCUGUGGCUUCCUAGCAGUGGACUUGCUCCUGUCAAUGUGUCAUACUUUUUCAAUGGAAGACUUGCUGGUCUUCAGCGUGGGGCUAUGAGUGAGAGGACUGAAAUGGACAAGCAAGGAAGGAUUAUUUCGCGUUCCUUUGCCGAUGGAAAAGUAUGGAGUUAUACAUACCUAGAAAAGUCCAUGGUGCUUCUUCUUCAAAGUCAGAGGCAGUAUAUCUUUGAAUAUGAUCCAUCGGACCGUCUUUAUGCUGUCACCAUGCCCAGCGUUGCCCGGCACAGUAUGUCAACUCAUACUUCAAUAGGUUACAUACGAAACAUUUACAACCCUCCAGAAAGCAAUGCAUCAAUAAUGUUUGAUUACAGCGAAGAUGGUAGGAUUUUGAAAACAUCAUUUCUUGGUACUGGUCGACAAGUAUUCUAUAGAUAUGGCAAGCUUUCAAAGUUGUCUGAGAUCAUUUAUGACAGCACUGCAGUCACUUUUGGUUAUGAUGAAACUACAGGAGUUUUAAAAAUGGUCAACCUCCAAAGUGGCGGUUUUUCCUGUACAAUUCGUUACAGAAAAAUUGGACCUCUGGUUGACAAACAAAUCUAUAGGUUCUCUGAAGAAGGCAUGGUAAAUGCCCGAUUUGACUAUACGUAUCAUGACAACAGUUUUCGAGUGGCUAGCAUUAAGCCUAUAAUAAGUGAAACGCCACUUCCAGUUGAACUGUAUCGCUACGAUGAUAUUUCGGGAAAAAUUGAGCAUUUUGGAAAAUUUGGGGUAAUUUAUUACGACGUGAAUCAGAUUAUUACUACAGCUGUCAUGACACUUACUAAACAUUUUGACACUCAUGGACGAAUCAAAGAAGUCCAGUAUGAAAUAUUUAGAUCUCUUAUGUACUGGAUGACUGUCCAGUAUGACAGCAUGGGCCGUGUUACAAAGAGGGAGCUUAAACUUGGUCCAUAUGCCAACACAACAAAGUAUACCUAUGAAUAUGAUGGAGAUGGGCAACUGCAAAGUGUAUCUGUAAAUGACCGACCUACGUGGCGUUACAGUUAUGACUUAAAUGGGAACCUGCAUCUUUUAAAUCCUGGAAAUAGUGCCCGCUUGAUGCCACUGCGCUAUGAUCUUCGAGACAGGAUAACACGCCUCGGGGAUGUACAGUACAAAAUUGACGAUGAUGGAUUUUUGUGCCAAAGAGGCGCUGAUAUUUAUGAGUAUAACUCCAAAGGUCUUCUUACAAGAGCAUAUAAUAAGGUCAAUGGGUGGAAUAUACAGUAUCGAUAUGACGGAUUAGGACGCAGAGCAUCAAUCAAAACAAAUUUAGGGCUCCAUCUUCAGUUCUUUUAUGCAGAUUUGCACAAUCCAACAAGAGUCACCCAUGUUUAUAAUCACUCUAACUCUGAGAUAACUUCUCUAUAUUAUGACUUGCAAGGACAUCUCUUUGCAAUGGAAAGCAGUAGUGGAGAGGAGUACUACAUUGCUUCAGAUAAUACAGGAACUCCCUUGGCAGCAUUCAGUAUUAAUGGAGUCAUGAUUAAACAACUACAAUAUACAGCAUAUGGAGAAAUCUACUUUGAUUCAAAUCCAAAUUUCCAGCUAGUCAUUGGGUUUCAUGGAGGUCUUUAUGACCCAUUAACAAAACUUGUCCAUUUUACACAAAGAGAUUAUGAUGUUCUGGCUGGGCGUUGGAUAUCUCCUGAUUACACAAUGUGGAAAAAAAUUGGGCGUGAUCCUGCUCCUUUUAAUUUAUAUAUGUUUAAGAACAACAACCCUCUGAGUACUGAAAUGGAUCUGAAAAACUAUGUAACUGAUGUGCAGAGCUGGUUGGUGAUGUUUGGAUUUCAGCUAAGCAACAUCAUUCCUGGCUUCCCGCGAUCAAGAAUGUACUUUGUGCCUGCUCCGUAUGAGCUCACGGAAAGUCAAGAGUGUGAGAAUGGACAGCUAAUUACGGGUGUGCAGCAGACCACUGAAAGACACAAUCAAGCAUUUAUGGCGCUGGAGGGUCAAACCAUAGUGAAACGACUCCACUCAAGCAUAAGGGAGAAGCCAGGACAUUGGUUUGCAACUACAGUUCCUAUCAUUGGAAAGGGAAUAAUGUUCGCUAUCAAAGAAGGAAAAGUCACAACAGCAAUCUCCAGCAUCUCUAACGAAGACAGCCGAAAAAUUGCUCUGGUACUUAACAGUGCACACUAUCUUGAAAAAAUGUACUACAACAUAGAAGGGAAAGACACACAUUACUUUGUCAAAAUUGGCUCAUCCGACAGUGACCUGGUCACCUUAGGGGUGUCAACCGGUCGUAAAACCCUAGACAAUGGAGUGAAUGUUACAGUCUCUCAACCAACUCUUCUUAUAAAUGGAAGGACUCGCAGGUUUACAAAUAUUGAAUUCCAGCAUUCUUCAUUGCUGCUUAAUGUUCGCUACGGUUUAACCAUAGACACUCUUGAUGAAGAAAGGGCAAGAGUUCUUGACCAAGCCCGUCAGAGAGCCUUAGCUGCAGCAUGGGCCAAAGAGCAACAGAAAGCAAGGGAUGGAAGAGAAGGUAGUCGUUUAUGGACUGAGGGAGAAAAACAGCAACUUUUGAGUACAGGAAGAGUUCAAGGAUACGAAGGAUACUACGUGCUCCCUGUGGAGCAGUAUCCAGAGUUAGCAGACAGUAGCAGUAACAUCCAGUUUUUGAGACAGAAUGAAAUGGGAAAGAGGUAACAAAUUAAUCUACUGGCAUCCUUUUCUUGGAUGAAUCAGUAGUCACAACUGUUAUCUCCUCUCCUAAGGAGAUGAAGACCUAUUGGGGCACUAAGCUGAAAUGUUUGGAGACAGUUAAGUAGCAGGAAAGCUCACAUUUUUUGAGUUAACUUCUGCUGCAAAAAAACCACAAAAUCACAAAAUGACGUGGAUUUAACCCUGACUGAAAUCGUAACACAACUAAACACAAAAGUACCCCUGUAAUAUUACCCACUUCUUCUGGGUAUCUGUUACAAUAAAGACGGCCUUUGAUAAUAUCACUUCUUUGAUGUGAGUAAAAUUUAACAUACUCAAGAUGGCCAACUUUCUAAGACCCUUUGCUGAAAUUUACUCAGACUGCUUCUUUAAUAGGAAUUCCAAGAUUUUGAUUUAAGAAGAAUACAUUCUGCAAUUAAAUACUUGACUUUGGAUUGAUUUCUAGAAAUGACUCUAACACAAAAGAGCACUGGGCAGACUCUAACAGUAAACAAACCAUUGCACUCUGAUCCCAAAAUGCUCUGACUUAAUUUAUUCAUGAAAUGGGUAGAGUGUCAUGUUUGGUUGAAAAUGGAGGCUUUCACUACAGUUAAAUUCAUCCUCUUGUUUGUAUUUGAAAAUUCCAUUGUGGACAAUAUAACACAGUUACAGGGUGUAGUCUGUGUAGAUUCAGUAGUUUGUUGGUAACAGUUACAGUAGAGGUGUGGGCAUUGUGACACUAUCUCAAAUGGGCACCACUUCAGAUCACCCUGUUCAUACAAACGCCAAAAGGCACAAUCACUGUUUCAGAUUAAACUAGAAAUGUGUUUGUUUGGUCAGAACAAUAAACUGAGACAAUCACCUUACAGUCACAAAAAAAAAUUGAUUAUGAACUUUGGUAUAAACUUUUUUUUUUUUUUGUAAUAUACAUGUAUGAACUGGUCAUUGAGUUUUUAUAUGAUUUUAAUUUGCUGCUAAAUGAAGAUUAGAGACAGGCAAAGAUAAUUUAUGGCAAAGUGUUUAAAUUGUUUAUACAUAAAUAAAGUCUCUAAAAUGCC